GUGAAGUCCUGUUAAUCGGGCGAGGGAGAUAGAGGAAAGAUCAUCAGAUACCAUCAGCAAUUCAAUCUUCUCGCAUCAGGAAAGUGAAGUUGAAGGCAGCAGAGCUUUAAAACACGAUUUGAGGCAUACGUCAGUUUAACAGAGCUACCACAGGAUAGAGACCUUGUGAAGUAAUUUCCAAGUUAUGCAAUAUUCUGUAAAUAAGUGUGAAACUGUGAGAUAGACGCCACAGAAGAAACUGUACUGUAUGAUAAAGGCUUCAUGUUGCAUUACAGAAUGGAAAGUUGUGUUAUUUCACCUUUAUCAGAAGAAAUAAUCCCGUAUGAUCACGAUGGUCGGCCGAUGUAUGACUUCUACUCGUAUCUCAGUACUGAGCCUGAUGCUCAUACAGCAGGUGGAUAUGAAUAUCCAGGUGUUCAUGUCCAUCACAGUGAGUUUGAACCUUCUCAGGAAAACCAGUUAAUCGAGCUGCACUCCAACCCAUAUCGCUAUGUAGAUGUUGAGUCUUACCACCCGUCUGUAGAUCCAGGGAUGGGACCACUUCUGCCAGUGGUACCAACACAGUACACUUAUGGUCCUCCAAUGCUGUACCCUCGGUCACCCGUCACCCGCAGCACUGAUGAUGAGGAGCCUGGGGGGCGCAGUCCACCUUUUGAGGUGUCAGAAGGUGAAGAGGACACUGACAGACAUCCAGGCGCAUCGAGUGCUCUGAUAGGAACCAAAAGGAAAGUGCGCCUCUAUCAGUUCCUCCUGGACCUUCUUCAAGACGGAGACAUGCGGGAAUGCAUCUGGUGGGUGGACAGAGAGAGAGGCAUCUUUCAGUUCUCCUCUAAACACAAGGAAGCUCUCGCCAGCCGAUGGGGCCAACAGAAGGGCAACCGCAAGAUGAUGACCUAUCAGAAGAUGGCCCGGGCUUUGAGGAACUACGGCAAGACCGGCGAGGUCAAAAAGGUGAAGAAGAAACUGACGUAUCAGUUCAGCAGCGACGUGAUGAGGAGAAUGGUGAUGGAGAGGAGGCAGUAUCAUCACUGAGACAGAACUGGACAUGACUCACGUUACUCUGUAAAACGGAUUCUCCUUCAGCAGUCCACUCAGAGUUUCAGUCUCGUCAUGUACUGUAGAUCGCUAGUUUUGUGUGAAUUUAACUCAGGGAUUUCAUAUUUGGAAAAAAAGUCUGCAGGUGUGCUUUUUAAGAGUGGAAAAGGAGUGAUUUUAUGAGAGUUAAAUGAACUAUUGUGGGGUUUCAUACACAUUUGUGGGCUCAACCCAAGCUUAUCUUUAACGUUGAGAUGAAUGGCACAUUAUGGGCUGUAACGAUACACAAAGCGCUUGAUCCAAUACAGUACGCCAUUCCUGAUUUAUCAUGUGAUAUUAUUAGCAUAUUUUAAACAAAAUGUAAAAAGUUAAAAUUAUUUCCAAAACAUUGACAAUUUAAAUAAACAUUUUUUUGCACAUAGAUCUUGUUAUAGUAUUGGCAACAUUCAGAGUUUUAAUUUAACCUUCUGUAUAUAAAUCAUUGAAACAAUUCUAGGUCUGUCACUGACAGUUAAAGGUUAAAUAAAUUUAAGAAAUUGAUUUAAAAGCUUAA